UCGAGUUCCCAGUACCGUUUCCGUUGGCUUCUCCAGCUCUCUCCCUGCCUGCUCAGCUGAAGCUUCCCUUUCGGGGAGUUACCUCACCCCCUCUCGAAACUGACCUCCUGCCGCUUGCCUAAUUCCUCUUCUUAGGGGGAAAUUUUCUUUGUUCGUUUGUUUUUUGUCUCUCCUUUAAGUCCAAGAGAAAUGCAGUGUGGAAGAUUACGUCAUCGCAAUAUAAGGGGUCGUCAUCGAAUUUGAAAUAUUUAAAGUGGAUACAAAACUGUUUCAGCAAUGCAGACAAUUAAGUGCGUUGUUGUGGGUGAUGGUGCCGUUGGUAAAACAUGUCUCCUGAUAUCCUACACAACAAAUAAAUUUCCAUCUGAGUAUGUACCAACUGUUUUUGACAACUAUGCAGUCACAGUUAUGAUUGGUGGAGAACCAUAUACUCUUGGACUUUUUGAUACUGCAGGGCAAGAGGAUUAUGACAGAUUACGACCGCUGAGUUAUCCACAAACAGAUGUAUUUCUAGUCUGUUUUUCAGUGGUCUCUCCAUCCUCAUUUGAAAAUGUGAAAGAAAAGUGGGUGCCUGAGAUAACUCACCACUGUCCAAAGACUCCUUUCUUGCUUGUUGGGACCCAAAUUGAUCUCAGAGAUGACCCCUCUACUAUUGAGAAACUUGCCAAGAACAAACAGAAGCCUAUCACUCCAGAGACUGCUGAAAAGCUGGCCCGUGACCUGAAGGCUGUCAAGUAUGUGGAGUGUUCUGCACUCACGCAGAAAGGCCUAAAGAAUGUAUUUGAUGAAGCAAUAUUGGCUGCCCUGGAGCCUCCAGAACCGAAGAAGAGCCGCAGGUGUGUGCUGCUAUGAACAUCUCUCCAGAGCCCUUUCUGCACAGCUGGUGUCGGCAUCAUACUAAAAGCAAUGUUUAAAUCAAACUAAAGAUUAAAAGUUAAAAUUCGUUUUUGCAAUAAUGACAAAUGCCCUGCACCUACCCACAUGCACUCAUGUGAGACAAGGCCCGUAGGUAUGGCCCCUUCCCCCUUUCAGUACUAGUUAAUUUUGAGUAAUUGUGUAUUGUCAGAAAAGUGAUCAGUACUAGUUUUUGUUUUGUCGUUUCAAAAAAGUUUUUUUUUGUUUAAAAGCAAGGCAUGCUUGUGAUGACUCUGUAACAGACUAAUUUGGGUUGUUGAAGCUGCUCCCGGGUUCCGCUCAGGAGAGUAAUCUGGGACAUCUAGGUUUUUUUUGUUUUUAUCUUGUUUUUUUUUUUUCUUUUUUUGGGGGGGUAGUGUGUGUGGGUUUUUUUUUAUUUAGUCAUGUUUUUUUAAUUCAUUAACCAUUGGACAGCCCUUAAGGGGAGGAGGACGGAUUGAUUCCACAUUCCACUUCCUAGAUCUAGUGUAGAAAACAUGUUCCCCACCUGGUGCUCUUAGGAAGGAGUAUAGUAAAUGCCUCAUUUAAUAACAUACUCCUUUUUGAAAGUUGCCUUUUCUCUCCACCCUUGAGUAGGUCCAGUAUUUGAUGAAACUCGUGAAAGUGGGUGGAACCUGUCUUGCCCCUCCUCUUUUCUAGGAUGCACUAUAUAUGUGACUGUGACUUGCAAGGAAAUUUGUUUGCCAUUUGCUGAUUUUUUUUGAAGUUAGUUUCUAACUUCUUUCACUGAUAAAUGAAGAAAAGUAUUGCACCUUUUGAAAUACACCAAAUGGAUUGAGUACGUAAUUAAACAUUUUUUUCCCUGUCA